AUGGCAGCGGCAGGCGCGAGCAGCCGUUUCAGUGCGUUUUGGAACCACCCUGCGGGGCCCAAGACGGUCUUUUUCUGGGCGCCGAUGAUGAAGUGGGGUAUGGUGCUUGCGGGUAUCGGCGACCUUUCGCGCCCGGCGGAGAAGCUGUCCGUGCCCCAGAAUGCGGCGCUCGCUGCGACGGGCAUGAUCUGGGUCCGUUACUGUUUCGUGAUCACUCCCGUCAACUACCCCCUUGCGGCUGUCAACUUCUUUGUCGGCGUCAAUGGCCUGGUCCAGCUCGGACGUAUUGCACACUACCGUUUCACGCACCCCGAGGCACAGGCUGUCGACGCAUCGCCGGACGCGAAAAAGAACUAG